UUGCCAUGGAAACAGUUUAGCGUACCAACAUGGAGGAGGACAACGCAGCCGCUGCUCUUGACAGUAUUGUGACCGAAUUUCAUUCAUAUGAAGAUUUUCUCGACUCCCAGAUCACAUCUUUGGAUUUAUACUACCUAGAGGAUGAGGAGCUGGCUCGUCAGCUGGUGGAGCUGGGCUACAGGGGCAGCGGAGAGGUGCUGAAGAGGGAGGAGUUUGAGAGCAGGAAGGCCGCCGCUGAAGCCUCACGUCUCAACAAGAGGAGCCAGCUACGGACGUUGGCGAGCGCAGGAAAGGAGCUCAAAGAUAACUUCCUGAAGGCACUGGCAGAGCGCGAGGAGGCCAACCACAGCGCCAGGAUGACUUCCAUCAUCUUCAUCAGGGACCGCAACGCUCAGGGCCAGGAGAUCUCUGGCUACAUCGACUACUCCCACAGACUCAAGCUGGAGGACUUUGAGCCCUACUUCAGCGGAAAGAAGCGGCUGUUGCCAAGAUCAACCGACCUGAGCUUCUACAACUGGGAGACGCAGGUGUCCACCUCAAAUGAUAGUGCGAACUACGAGGUCAUAGCAGAGAACUCCACUGGGCUGCUCUUCAAAAACAAGCGUGAUCGCAAAAUACUCAACGUCGACCCCAAGGCAUCUCCUGGUGAUAACUCGUCCCGGAUUCCCCUGCAGUCGGACCUCUACACGCAAGUCGUCAUCUAUGACCACAUCACCCGGAGGAGGACCUAAAGAGUCCAAUGGCUGCUGCCCGGCAGCAACAACUCUGCAAUUAAAGCCUUAUUAAAGCCGGC